CAGACGCAACUCCCGUGAGUGCGAUUUCUCACCUGUAAGAAGAAGCGGGGGCUCUCGGGCAUGAAGGUGAGCGCCACCACUGCUGAGACGCAAGGGAGCGCGCACACCACCACGAACACCCGCCAGCUGUGGAACUGAAGUGGAUGCCGACCAGAAUCCAUAUCCGCCUGUACGUGGCUCUCUUAAGAAUGGACAACAUACAUAUGUGCAACGCAAGCUGGAUCGCGCUAUGUGAGCACCACACCAAGUCAGCAUGAACCUCUUCUUUCGUGCGCCGAGAGGCCCGUUUCCGUGGAGCGAUGGAGGGAAGCGGCGGCGAUUCCUGCAAGGCACUUUUCACUCCGCGCAACUCCUCCCCCCUCCUCCCCCUCACGCCAGGGAGGCGUCAUGCGUGACUCACAGCUGGGAAUUCCUCUGGGUGGCGACGGCGGAUGAUGCGACGGGCCCCGUCUUCGCAUCGGCGCUCGCCUACGAAUGGAGGGGCAUCGCCACACGGACGGGGAGGGGGCGGGGCCUUAGCGCUGGGUUUCAGGAAGCGCUCCGAUGACGUCACCGAGGCCAGCGCCCCUCUGAGUCGUGCGCGCGCACGCACACAAGUUGAAGCACGCGCUGGCUUGGGAAGAGGAAGAAAUUACACUUGGGGGGGGGGUUCCCGAGAGUCGAGUCGUCAAGUGGACAUGGGGCAAAAACGGCCAGGCUGUUAAAAACCUCGUCGUCUGAACGACAAGUAAGGCUUUACGUUAGUCUUCGGAGGACCCCCGCCCGCGCCCCUCCUUCGUCUUUUUUGACAUGUCUCAGUAGUGAGCUUUCCCCAACCUCUCGCUACCAUCCUCGUAUUUUUUUUUUCCGUAUUUUGCUUCCGGAAUUAGUGUUAGCCCGCCGCCUCCGACAUGUCGGACAACCAGAGUUGGAACUCGUCCGGUUCCGAGGAGGAUUCGGAGCCCCGGGAGGAGACGGGGAACUCGGCGGGCGGCGGCGUGUUCAGCGGCGUGCUCAGCAAGUGGACCAACUACAUCCACGGCUGGCAGGACCGCUGGGUGGUGCGGAAAAACAACACGCUCAGCUACUACAAGUCGCAGGACGAGACCGAGUACGGCUGCCGCGGCUCGCUGUGCCUCAGCAAGGCCGUCGUCACGCCCCACGAGUUUGACGAGUGCAGACUGGACAUCAGCGUCAACGACAGCGUGUGGUACCUGAGGGCCCAGGACCCCGAGCACAGGCGCCUCUGGAUCGACUCCAUCGAGCUCCACAGGGCGGAUCCCGGCUACGGCUCAGAGUCCAGCCUGCCGAGACACGGCUCCAUGCUGUCGCUCACGUCGGCCGCCAGCGGCUACUCUGCCACCUCUACCUCUUCCUUCAAGAAGGGUCACAGCCUGAGGGAGAAGCUGGCGGAGAUGGAGACCUUCCGAGACAUCCUGUGCCGGCAGGUCGACACGCUGCAGAGAUACUUCGACGGCUGCGCCGACGGCGUCUCCAAGGACGAGCUGCAAAGGGAUAAAAUCGUGGAAGACGACGAGGACGAUUUCCCCAGCACCCGCCCUGACGGCGACUUUCUUCACAACCACAACAGCAGCGGCGGAAAAGACAAACUGCUCCAGUACUGCAACGCCAAGGGGGUGAACGGCAUCGACUUCAAAGGCGAGGCCAUCACGUUCAAGGCCACCACCGCCGGGAUCCUGGCCACGUUGUCGCACUGCAUCGACCUGAUGGUCAAGAGAGAGGACAGCUGGCAGAGGAGGCUGGACAAGGAGAUGGAAAAGAGAAGAAGAAUCGAGGAGAGCUACAAGUCGGCCCUCAACGAGCUGAAGAAGAAGUCGCACUUUGGAGGUCCGGACUACGAGGAGGGUCCGAACAGCCUCAUCAACGAGGAGGAAUUCUUCGACGCGGUGGAAGCCGCUCUCGACCGCCAGGACAAAAUCGAGCAGUGUCAGACAGAGAAGAUGAGAAUCCAGAGAUCCAGUCCACUUCCGCCAGCGGACAUUUUCUCCAGUUCGGGCUCUCACAGAUUAUCUGAGCAGGUGGAGGAGAUGGUGCAGAGUCACAUGACCUACUCGCUCCAGGACGUCGGCGGCGACGCCAACUGGCAGCUGGUCGUGGAGGAAGGAGAGAUGAAAGUGUACAGGAGGGAGGUGGAGGAGAACGGCAUCGUGCUGGACCCGCUGAAGGCCACGCACUCGGUGAAGCGCGUGACGGGACACGAGGUGUGCCGCUACUUCUGGGACACGGCCUACCGCAACGACUGGGAGACCACCAUCGAGAACUUCAACAUCGUCGAGACCCUGUCGGAGAACGCCGUCAUCGUCUAUCAGACGCACAAGAGGGUGUGGCCCGCCUCCCAGAGGGACGUGCUGUACCUGUCGGCCAUGCGCAAGGUGGCGGCCAGCAACGAGAGCGACCCCGACACCUGGCUGGUGUGCAACUUCUCUGUGGACCAUCACGACGCACAGCCGAGCAGCCGUUGCGUACGCGCCAAGAUCAACAUCGCCAUGAUCUGCCAGACCUUGGUCAGUCCACCGGAGGGCGACAAGGAGCUCAGCAGAGACAACGUGCUGUGUAAAAUCACGUACGUGGCCAACGUCAAUCCCGGAGGCUGGGCGCCGGCCUCGGUCCUGCGGGCGGUUGCCAAGAGGGAGUACCCCAAGUUCCUGAAGCGCUUCACCUCCUACGUGCAGGAGAAGACCGCCGGCAAGCCCAUCUUGUUCUGAUCCUCUUCGGGGGGGGGGGCGGGGGGUCUGCUCCGAUGACAUCCCACCGCAUCGUGAUUUUACCGACUGGUGUUAAAACCAGACCGAAGAUUUAAAAAAAAAAAAAAAAAAAAAGUAUACACGUUUGAACCUGAAAAAUACAAAUUUUGUGAUGUAAUAUUACUUUAGGCCAUGAACAAAAAUGCUUUUUUUUGAUGAACAAAACACGUUUUCCCCAAAGUAUUUAUAGGAAAAAAAAAAAAAAAAACAGAUUCAAUCCCGGACCCGCCUGUGUGGAGUUUGCAUGUUCUCCCCGUGCCUGUGUGGGGUUUUUCCCGGAUGGGCACUCCGGUUUCCUCCCACAUCCCAAAAAAACAUGCAACACUCUAAAUUGCCCGUAGGUGUGAUUGUGAGUACGGCUGUUUUUCUCCAUGUGCCCCGCGAUUGGCUGGCGACCACUUUAGGGUGUACCCCGCCUCCUCCCCGUUGACAGCUCGGAUUGGCUCCAGCACUUCCCGCGACCCCUGUGAGGAUAAGCGCCAAAGAAAAUAGAUGGAUAGACUAUUUUCUCAAGAAUGGAAGCUGUAGAAAUUUUCAGGACUUCAAAAAAAACCAAAAAAUUCUUAGAGCAAGUGCUGAGAAAAAAAUUUUAUUAUUGAACUUCUCAUCCUACCCAGAAAUAAAAAAAAAAAAAACAACACUAAACUGUUGAUUGAAAAUAAACCCCAGAAUCUCAACUUAUCCCCCCCCCCCCAAGAAAUGCUUGGGGCAAUGUAUUUUCCCUCAGAAAAAGUAAAAUUUAUUUCUAAAAUUUUUUGGAGAAGCUCUUCUAAAAAGCUCAUGAUUAAGCCCCUCCCCAAAAUAUUUUGAGCAAUUGUUUUUUUCUCGCAAGAGUUACUUUUUCUUGGUAGUACAAUUUUUUUUUUUUUCUUUAACACAAAAAAAAAAGUACUUCUCAAAAUCACUUUUAAGAUUACGACUUAAUAGUGUUAAGUCUUCUUGACUUUAAUAUUGGUGGGCAAUACGGCCGCUUGCCACACUAAAUCCCGACGUGCGUUGAAAACGACGUACGUUACGUUCCAUAAAGGAAAGUGUAAAGAGCUACAAGAGACGUGCACGUCUUAGCCAUCAGACCGUUUUAGACUUGCAGCUUCCGUUGCGAUGUGUAAAAUAAUUUGCUUGUUGUAUUGUAUAAAUUGCACAGAGGGGACCAUGGCGAUGAAACGUGGACCCCAAUGACGUAAGACGCUAAAUCCCGCUAAUGAAGGCGCCUCGUUUUCGGCGCCGAGGGCGGGACCGGUCCGGCUAAAAUCGUAAGCGCGUCGCAAAGUCCUUUUUGUCGUCAUUGCGACCGUGCGGAGCCCAAAUGCCUUAGCGGAUCAGAGACUUCACUCGAAAAGUGACCGUGACUGAGAAAUAUUUGAGUACAAACGUUCAGUUCUGAUUUCAAGACUUAACUACAACGAAGCACCUUGACCUUCCUUUUACUUUUGUAAUGUGUGAAUGUUUUUAUCCUGAUACAUUGCAGGUUUAAUUGACCUCUUUUUACAUUUCAACUUUUUUUUCUGAAAAAAAAAAAAAAAAAAAAAAAAAACUUUGAAUUAAUUUUACUUGUGUAAAAAAAUGUUUUUUUUUUCCUUCAGGGAAACAUUUUUUUUAAAGUCAUGAAAUUAAUGCAAAUCUUGUUGAUUAAAAAAAAAAACAUGUUGAUCCCCGAUUGACAUAACAUGAAUUUGAAAUAAUUAUACCAAUUAAUAUUAUUCUAAUGGCAGGGUUCAAGAGGACUUUUUGUGGAAUAUGCAACAUUUCAAGCAAGUAGCUCAAUGACGACCUGUCGCCCGGCUCAUCGUUUCGACAUGUUGGCUAGCAUUUAGCUGAUUGAAUGUACUUUGCAGUACGUGUACAUAGUUUGUGCAUACUAACGCUUUGAAAAGUUUAAAAAAAAAAAAAAAGUACUGUGACAAUAUUUCCCAGGAGAAAUAAAGACAUUUGACAAAACA